UCGUACCGUUCACACAAGCGGCGUGUGAAAAAAGUUGAAUUCGACCUCUUGUGAAAAAUGUAUGGAGGAAAGAAGGGUAUGAUCUGUUCCCUGUUGUUAUUAUGCUUGAGCAUUACAUGCUUUUAUGCUCAGCCUAAUUACACGCUUAACGAUGCAUCAUCACGGCAGAGCGUGGGUGAGCCCGAGAGAGCGGGUCAGGUGGCGGCCAACGCGAGCAGGAAUGUGCCGGCACCUGUUGACUGCUGGCCGAAUGCCCGGUUCGCCCUGCUGCGCCCGGUGACCGACUGCCCCGGCGGCGGCAUCUGGGAGGCCGGGGAAGUGAUGCACCAUCUCGGCGGCAGCUCCUCCGUCUCCCAGCAGAACCUCCUCGGCGCCCACAUCACGGAGGAAGCCGUGACCCUCCACUUUUGCGUCCGGAAUCCCUCCGACGAGCCCUGGUACGACGACUGCCGUCCGCUCAACCCCGCCUUCCCGCCCGGCUCCUACUGCCUCCUCAACGCGCAGCCCCGGACCAGCUUCGACCACUGCCCCGCCGGCUUCCACUGGAGCGUCGUCGGCCUGGACGACGUCGGGACGCCGCUACGGCGGGCGCGGCCGCGCGGCUUCCUCCCGACCGGGGAGUACCUCCCGGACUUUACCCGUUAUUAUUUUUGUUGUCGCAACGACUCCGCUCCCGGUAAUCCUGUGGUGCUGCCUACGCAGCGGCCCUUUAUCCUAUUCCCGUUGGGCGGGCACUGCGCAUGCCAGGAAGUGGUCGGAAUGCGGGCCAGGAUGGUCUCGCUCUAUCUGGAUGCGGAGAACGGCUCCUAUGUCAACCACCCCGAUCCGUAUUGUUCGCCGUACGCGGAAACGGCGGAUAGUAUCGUCGCGGGUGCCGGGUCUGCCUGUAUCAGGGAGAAACGGGGAACCGGGCUGCGCUUGCACAUGUGCCAUUAUAGUUGAUGAUGGGCGCUGGAUCCGCGCCAAUGUUCAUGUCAAUACCGGUAACCGGUACUAACAAAAUCAACCGGCGAAAGCAUUUUAACUGUUGUGUUACGGUUACUCGGUUCAUUGCAUGGUAUCGUGUAAUUAUAUUGUAUUAGCCACGAAUACGUACGUAAUACAUGCACUGCCUGACCGCAUAUUUCCCGCAUUGAUUAA